AUGAAGACAAAAGCACGCAACCAAAGCAACUUCAUGCGAGUCAUUACAAUCCCAGUAAGACUUUUGUGUAAAGCAAGGGAUAUUUAUGUUAAAAGCAUGACAGACUGCUCGAUGAGGAUGAGUUAUGGAUCACCUCCCGUGGCCUUGCCAGCAGGACAACACCAUCCCUUGCCCAGGACUUUCAGUGUUGGCUCAUCGAGGUCUGAUGACACUGAAGAUUACAGAGAGCUUGUUAGAGCUGCCUCUGCCAGGAGCUUCGGUCACAGAAAUGAAAUUGAGAUGUACAUGCAGCAAUUUAGGCAGCAGCAAUCAUCGAUAAUCAUGGAAUCCAAAAAGGUGUUGCCAAAGAGUUGCAGUGUUGGAAUGGGUUUCAUGGGAAGGAUUGAUGAAGAUAAACCAUGUGAUUUUGAAGCAAGUGGUGUUGUUGCAAAGCCACAAUUGGGUCCAAGAAGCAGAAGCUAUGCUGUUGGAAAAGGAAGGGCUGCCUUCUGA